CCGCUGGUGCUCGUCUCUGGAGACGCGUCUGUUCUUCCGUAAGACAGAAUGGCGUCUUUCUUUUCUGAUUAUGGCCUUAUGUGGUACUUGGAAGAACUAAACAAGAAGGAAUUUAUGAAGUUUAAGGAGGUCCUCAAGCAGGAGAUCAUACAGUACGGGCUGAAACAGAUUCCUUGGACCGAAGUAAAGAAGGCUUCUCGGGAAAACCUUGCCAACCUCCUGGUGAAAUACUAUGAUGAGAAGAAAGCCUGGGAUGUGACCUUCAGAAUCUUCCAGAACAUCAAUAGGAAUGAUCUCAGUGAGAGGGCAGCAAGAGAGAUUGCUGGACACUCAAAGAUCUAUCAGGCUCAUUUGAAGAAUAAGUUGACCGAGGAUUGGUCCAGAAAGUUCAACAUCCCAACUCAGGAUUUCCUGAAGCAGAAGUUCACUCAGGAUGAAUGUAAUCGUUUUGAGCUCCUUUUUGUUUCCAAGGUAACCGAGAGGAAAACACACACGGUGCUUCUGAAGGGAGUGGCAGGAAUCGGCAAGACACUGAUGUUGGCAAAGUUAAUGCUGGCCUGGUCGGAAGGCCUGGUGUUUCAGAAUAAAUUCUCCUACAUCUUCUACCUCUGCUGUCAAGACGUGAAGCAAUUGAAGACAACGAGCCUGGCCGAACUGAUAUCCAGGGAGUGGCCCAGCCCCUCAGCUCCCAUAGUGGAGAUAUUAUCCCAACCGGAGAAACUCUUGUUCAUCGUUGACAGCCUGGAAGGGCUGAAUUGUGACCUGACCGAACCAGAGUGGGAGCUGUGUGAUAACUGGGUGGAGAAGCGGCCGGUGAAUAUACUGCUGAGCAGUUUGCUCAGGAGGAAGCUGCUCCCAGAAGCCUCGCUCCUCCUCACAGCUACCCCAGAGACUUUUGAUAAACUGGAGGACAGGAUCGACUACACAGAAAUGAAAAUCAUGAUGGGCUUCGAUGAGAGCAGUAGGAAGAUGUAUAUCCGAGGCGUGUUCCAAGACAAGACCAGAGCCCAAGAGGUCCUAAGGCUGGUGAGAGCAAACGAACAGGUGUUCAGUAUGUGCCAGGUCCCUUUGCUCUGCUGGGUGGUGGCUACUUGUCUAAAAAAUGAGGUAGAGAAGGGAGGAGACCUGGUCUCUGUCUGCCGACGAACCACCUCCGUGUAUACCGCUUACAUCUUGAAUCUGUUUACUCCCCAACGUGCCCAGUAUCCAAGCCAGAAGAGCCGGGAUCUGCUGCAGAGCCUCUGUUACCUGGCCGCCGAGGGCAUGUGGACUGACAAGUUCGCGUUCAGCGAGGAAGACCUCAGGAAAGGGGGGAUCCUCAGCGACGACAUCUCGACCCUGCUGGACAUCAGGCUGCUUCUGAAGAGCAGGGAAUCCAAGCUUUUUUACACAUUCUUCCACCCGUCUAUCCAGGAGUUCUGUGCCGCCAUCUUUUAUCUGGUGAAGAGCCAUGGGGACCACCCAAGCAAGGAUGUCCGAAGUGUCAAGGCACUCCUGUUUACGUUCCUAAGGAAAGUGAAAGUACAGUGGAUUUUUUUGGGCUGCUUCAUCUUUGGCCUUUUGCACAAAUCGGAACAAGAAAAGCUAGAGGUGUUUUUUGGCCACCAGCUGUCCCAGGAGGUAAAGCAGAUGUUGUAUCAGUGCCUGGAAACGAUAAGCGUCAACGAAGACCUUCAAGAGGAAGUGGACGGCAUGAAGCUGUUCUACUGUCUGUAUGAGAUGGAGGACGACGUCUUCACCAUGCAGGUCAUGAGCCUCAUGCAGCAUAUCAAGUUCGUGGCUAAGGAUUACUCCGAUCUGAUUGUCGCCGCUUACUGCUUAAAGUACUGUUCUACGCUGAGGAAACUCUCCUUUUCAACCCAAGAUAUCCUGCAGCAUGAACAGGAAUGUAGCUAUAUGGAAAAGCUACUCGUCUGUUGGCAAGAGGUGUGCUCCGUGCUCGUAAGGAGUAACCACAUCAAUGAACUCCAGGUGAAAGACACCAACCUCGACGAGUCAGCCUUUUUGGUUUUGUAUAAUCAUCUGAAGCAGCCGAGCUGUGCCCCUCAAGUUCUUGAGGUGAAUAACGUGUCCUUCCUGUGUGACAACCACCUCUUCUUCGACCUGCUGACCCACAACCAUAACUUGCAGCAUCUGAACCUCAGCCUCACGUUCCUUUCCCACAGCGACGUGAAACUGCUGUGCGACAUCUUGAGCCAGACAGAGUGCAACAUAGAAAAGCUGCUGGUGGCAGCCUGUGAGCUUUCGCCCGAUGACUGCAGGAUCUUUGCCUCCAUCCUGAUCAGCAGCAAGACACUGAGGCAUCUUAACAUCGCAUCCAACAACCUGGACAAAGGGAUAUACUCGGUGUGCAAGGCUCUGUGCCACCCGGACUGUGUUCUGAAGGACUUAGUGUUGGCCAACUGCUCCCUCAGUGAGCAGUGUUGGGAUUACCUUUCUGACGUUCUUAGGCGGAACAAAACCCUGAGUCACCUAGACAUCGGCACCAACGACCUGAAGGACGAAGGACUGAAGAUUCUCUGUGAGGCUCUGAGUCUCCCGGACAGUGUCCUGAAGUCGCUCUGUUUGAGGUGUUGUCUCAUCACCUCUAGCGGCUGCCAGCACCUGGCUGACGUCCUCAGCAGCAACCAGAACCUGAGAUGUCUGCAGCUUUCCCACAACAAGAUCGAAGACACUGGGGUGAAGAUUCUGUGCGAUGCUAUCAAACAGCCCAACUGUCGCUUAGAGAAUCUCGGGUUGGAAGCCUGUGAGCUAACCAGUGCCUGUUGUGAAGACCUCGCUUCUACUUUUACCCAGAAUAAGGCCCUGUGGGGGGUCAACCUGCUGCAGAAUGCCUUGGACCGCAGUGGCUUGACUCUGCUGUGCGAGGCUCUGAAAGAGCACAACUGUACCCUGCAUGUGCUCGGGCUGCGAAUCACUGACUAUGAUAAGGAAACCCAGGAGUUUCUGAUUGCCGAGGAGGAGAAAAAUCCCUACUUGACCAUCCUAAGCAGUAUAUAAGCUGGAGCAGAAAACAAGAGUGGACGUUCCAGUGCAAGAAAUAGGAGUGUAGUCUGACCCCAACAACCUCCAGGAGUAGGGUCCUUCUUUUGGCCCACUUGUAUGCAAAAAUGAACAGAUCACUAACAUUCCAAUGAGAUAGGAUUUCUUUGCCUCCCCCGCCCCCCCAUCCAGACGUUUCGUAAGAUAAAUGUGGCUUUUUGUUUGCGGGACAAUCAAAGACCUACAUGCUAAAAAUUACUACCGUAUAAUGACAUUUUCCCCACAUUGAUAACGUUAAGCACCCCAUAUAAAGUGUUUUACCUUUAAAUGCUUUGGCGGUCUCUUAAAAUGAGAUUUGCAUGUUGGUGGAUUACUAGAGCCGUGAUGGUUAUAUAGGCAAUAAUGGUACCCCAGAGAGUUGUUGGAGAAAUUUUAAUUGGCUGUGCAUUGGAAACCUUUAGGAGAGGGCCUAGACCAGGCACUGUACUCAGAUAGUGGAAACUGCUGUUUUGUGUUUUAUAUUACAUUAAAUAAUAAUGUAGGCAUUUUGUAAAUCUACUGACUUCUAGUCUCAAAUGUUAAUACAU